UACGUAUGAAUUUUAUACCCCGGAAUUUUCUCACCUAAACGUUUUCUCGAGUUUGACAGCUCAAAGCUGCUAUCGAGAUUUGAGACAAGUAAAGUUGGAAAGAAAAAAAAACACCAGAGCGAGAAAAUUCAGCUUCGGAAUUCAAAUGGAAAUGCAAGAGAGAGAAACUUCAAACUCCUAGCAGAGAGAGAGAGAUGACAUCCGCUGCUCGAGAAAUCUCAGCUCCACUAAUUCAGAAGGAAGCCGAGCAACACGAUGCCUCCGGCUCCACCACGCCACCACCGUACGAACCGUACGAGGAGGAAAACUCUCCGAUCGAGCAAGUAGCUCUCACAGUCCCGGUCACCGACGACCGGACCUUGCCGGCGGUGACAUUCCGCAUGUGGACGCUCGGAACCCUAGCCUGCGUCCUCCUCUCGUUCCUCAACCAGUUCUUCUGGUACCGCCGAGAACCUCUCUCGAUCACCUCCAUCUCCGCUCAGAUCGCGGUGGUGCCGCUCGGCCGCCUCAUGGCGGCGACGCUCACGAAGCGAGUGUUCUUCGAGGGGCGGAAGUGGGAAUUCACGUUGAACCCGGGGCCGUUCAACGUGAAGGAGCACGUGCUCAUCACGAUCUUCGCCAACGCGGGGGAGGGAAACGUUUACGCGAUUCACAUCGUCAGCGCCGUCAAGGUGUUUUACAAACGGGACUUGACGUUCUUCGUGGCGUUGGUCGUCGCUCUGACGACGCAGGUGUUGGGGUUCGGGUGGGCGGGGGUUUGCCGGCGGUUUUUGGUGGAGCCCGCCGCCAUGUGGUGGCCCCAGAAUCUUGUCCAGGUGUCGCUGUUCAGGGCACUGCAUGAGAAAGAGGAGAGGCCCAAAGGUGGAUUAACAAGGAACCAAUUCUUUCUCAUUGCCUUCACUUGUAGUUUCGCAUACUAUGUGUUUCCAGGCUACCUCUUCCCGAUGCUCACCUCCCUUUCCUGGCUAUGUUGGUUUUUUCCAAACUCAAUCCUGGCCCACCAGCUAGGCUCAGGCCUCCAAGGCCUAGGGAUUGGUGCACUAGGAUUUGAUUGGUCCAGCAUUUCAUCUUACCUUCGGAGCCCACUUGCUAGCCCAUGGUUUGCCACUGUCAAUAUUGCUCUUGGGUUUAUGCUUAUGACGUAUGUCAUUGCUCCAGUUGCAUAUUGGCUCAAUAUCUACAAUGCCAAGACUUUCCCCAUUUUCUCAGAUGGCCUCUUCACUUCUGCAGGCCAAAACUACAAUAUCACUUCUAUAAUAGAUGAGAACUUCCAUAUUGAUUUCGAGGCGUAUGAUCGAGAGGGCCCUCUUUAUAUCAGCACUUUCUUUGCUAUGACAUAUGCUUUCAGUUUUGCCUGCCUCACUGCCACUAUUGUUCACGUUUUACUCUUCCAUGGAAGAGAAUUGUGGCAGCAAAGCAAGUCUGUUUUCCAAGAAAGGAAAAUGGAUAUACACACAAAGCUCAUGAGAAAGUACAAACAAGUUCCUGAAUGGUGGUUCACUUGCAUCCUCCUGUUGAACAUCACCGCAACCAUAUUUGUUUGCGAGUACUACAAGGAUCAACUCCAGCUUCCAUGGUGGGGAGUCUUGCUGGCAUGUGGCCUUGCCGCCUUUUUCACCCUUCCGAUUGGGGUCAUCACCGCCACAACAAACCAGACACCAGGCUUAAACGUGAUCACGGAGUACAUUAUUGGGUAUAUAUAUCCAGGAUAUCCAGUAGCUAACAUGUGCUUUAAGGUGUAUGGGUAUAUUAGUGUGAAGCAAGGGAUCGCCUUUCUGCAAGACUUCAAGCUUGGACAUUACAUGAAAAUUCCUCCUAGAACAAUGUUCAUGGCUCAGGUGGUAGGUACUCUAGUAUCAGCAUUGGUGCAUUUGGGAACAGCAUGGUGGCUUAUGGACACAGUUCCUGAUAUAUGCGACAGAGCCCUUCUCCCCCCAGGAAGUCCAUGGACCUGCCCAGGCGACCACGUGUUCUACGAUGCCUCAGUCAUCUGGGGCCUAAUUGGCCCCCGUAGAAUUUUCGGUGAACUCGGCUACUACUCCACCAUCAACUGGUUUUUUUUAGUUGGGGCCAUAGCUCCUCUAAUAGUCUUCCUUCUGCACAAAGCCUUUCCAAACCAGCACUGGAUUCGACUCAUUACAAUGCCGGUGCUGUUUGGAGCAACGAUCAAUAUGCCCCCAGCUACUGCAGUCAACUACACAAGCUGGAUUAUUAUUGGCUUUGUAUCGGGUUUCAUUGUCUUUAGAUAUUACCGCGAAUGGUGGGGCCGUCACAACUACGUGCUGUCAGGGGCGCUUGAUGCCGGCUUGGCCUUCAUGGCGGUUUUACUGUACUUGUGUUUGGGGAUGCAGCAUGUUGAUCUCAGCUGGUGGGGGAGCGACCCUGAUGGGUGCCGUUUGGCUUCUUGCCCCACCGCUGAUGGGAUUAUGGUUGAAGGUUGCCCUGGUUAUAUGAGACAAGUGUGAUGAAUAUGAUUACAAAUUUACUUAAUAGAGAGAAAAAAGAGAGAAAUGUGAUGAGUAGCAAGACAGCUAGAAAGACGAAAGAAAAAGAAGAAAUGUAUGAUUAAGUAUAGAGUUGCUACUUACCAAAAAAAAAAAAAAGAGUAUAGAGUCUAUAUGUCUGUUUGGUGUAAUUCUCAAAUGCAGAUAUGUAAAAUAACUCUAUAUUGGUUGUAUUUGAUCAUCUUCAUUGGUUGUAUCCAA